CAAAGAUGGAGCCGGCGUUUCCGGUUCCGGGCUUUUGCUGUCGUGGGGCCUAUGGAACCCCAGGCAGACACACCCAGCAGCCAGUCAGUGGAGAGCUGCACCUUGGAUCUACCGACAGCAUCCGACCUCAGAGGUCAUGCAGCAUCCCAGGGAGCCAGCAGCAAGUCUCUGAGUCCUCUGGAACCCCAGUCUUUCCCUUGUUCUUUGACUGAUGAUCCAGAUGGCAGUUCUCUAAGUACUGAGCGAAAGGGCUCCUGGGACUCUGAGAACUUCUGGCUUGAUCCUUCUGUGAAAGGCCAGUUGGAGACUGGUGAAGAGGAGGAUGGACUUCGGAAAUCACUGGACAGAUUCUAUGAAGGAUUUGCCCAUCCACUGCCCGGCUCUGGGGAUCAGCUCUCUGCACCUGUGUGUCAGUGCCUGUCUCAGACAAUCUCUGAACUCCAGGGCCAGGAGAACCAAAAGUAUGCUCUCCGCAGUUUCCAGAUGGCCCGAGUUAUCUUCAACCGGGAUGGCUGCUCUCUCUUACAGCGGCAUUCCAGGGAAACCCGCUUCUACCCUCUGGAGCAAGAAGGCAGCUCGGUGGAGGACGAAGAACCCACCCCAGGACUGUCAAGAGAGGUCAUUCGUUUCCUCUUGAAGCAGACCAUAAUGAAAGACUCAUAGCUGGUGCGCAUGUGAAAGUUGGCAAGGCUGGAGGGGAAAUGCUGUAACUUGGCACUCAGAGUCCCUGAGGGGGUCUCCUGGCAGCUUCCUGUUUCCAGCCAUUGGCUACAAGCUUUGCAGGUACCUGGUGAUGGAGCCAGUAAGUCUAUAGAUGUGCUGAAUCAAGGGUAACAAUUAUACAGAGUUGUAAAUGGGGACCAAUUGAUUGGCCUGAAGCAAUGUACAGACAUAAAAAACUUCCAGAUACUACAUUACAUCUUAAUCAUACCUUUGGCUCCUCUCCAAAACCAAAAUUCCCUGUCUGUAUUGACAGUGGGGAUGGAACAUUUGGACCAUCUACAAAGCUAAAAUUCACACACAAAGGGGCUUCUUCAUCUCCACUAGGUUGCAGUGUGGGAGGUGAGGAGACAGCGCUGGACCAUCCACUCAGGAUAUGGGAGCACAGGUCUGACACGUAAGGGUGGCGCUGUGUGACCUUGCUGAUUUGUUCGUGAACGGAGUAAGGAAUGCUUGCCGGGCAGCUUUUCCCUCUCUUUGUCACUUUUGCCCUCCGUCCACCGCCAGCUCCCUCUGUCAUCCUCCGAAGGGUCGCCCCUCAUUCCUGCCCUGUUCUUGCCUCCAGCACCCGGAGCUGCAGUGCAAAUGCUUGCCCAGAGCAGGGCUCUGCUGUCACCUGUUCCUGUCCUCCAGGCAGGUGCACAGCCUGACAGGGAGCUCCGUAAAUAGCUAGUGCAGCCUUGCGCUGGCAGAUGCUCCGCUCUGCGGGUUGCGUCCUGAGCCCCAGUUUGAGAAUGACGUCAGCUGGCACCAGGAACUCUGAAACAGUAAUUGGAAGCCUCAGAGUUCUUCCAGCAAAUUACAUCAGUAGAAAGGCUUAUUUCCCUCAUUUGGAGGAAUAGCAAAAGUUGGCCACACUAUGCAGUUAGAUUCUUUGAGAAACUCGGGGUGAAGUUUAAUUGGCAUGAGACUCCAAAGCUUUUUAGAAAGUGGAUUAUGCAAAUGUGGCAGCCAACAAGUACACACUAAAAGUCAAGUCGGUACAUUGGAGAGUCUCUUGGGGACUCUUGAAGGGAAAGAAACCUAAAAAGAAGUAGUGGUGUGAGUGGGCUUCCGGUUCAGGGAUGGUCUGAAGUGAGAGACUUCUACAUGGAAAUGUCAAGGCACAUGUGGAGGGGGUCCCACAUGGUAGGAAAUCAAGUGAAUAGGACCUUGGGAGGUGCUCACAAAUGGGGCUCAGCUUUCCCUCUCACAGGCAUCAUCUAAUGCUCCCUCCUGAUUAACAGUCCUUCCAAAAAUCCUGAAACUGGUACAAUUUCAAACCCAAACCUGCAGGUUAGAGGUGAAGGUUGCUGGCUUUAUUGUUUUAACCUGAAGCAUACCAGUAGCCACCCUUGAAGACCGGUGAAAUUACCCAGCGACAGGGAUACUCACAAUUCGUCUCCAUGGCUACCAACGGGGGGAACCUGGGUUAUUCUAUGCUUGGUUUUAAAGGACAGCAGAAAAGGUAUUUGAAUCUUCGUGUUGGGAAGUAGUGGCUUCUAUUUGGAAGGGAGAUUUUAAUAUCAGAGAAUGUCUAAGCUUCACAGAGAUCAGUACUGGAGGUGUUUGAUGAGGGGAAGCUCCUGACAGUUGAGAAUGGGGGAGAGGAAAAGCCAGGGUUGCCCUGGGGUAGCAGAGUAUGGUGUGUGUUCACUUAGAUCUGAGUAAGUGUUUGUGACAGGCCAGUACAAGAUAUUCGAUUCCCUGUGGUCCUGCCCCUUAAUUUGAUCUCUGUGAGGAUAGAGAGACAUUUUCCAUUUAUCUCUGUGAACCUUUAAUAAAGACUAAGAUAAGAAUACUGCAGCCCAGGCCUUUGGCAGAAUUGCCUAUUUCAGCACUGGGGGUAAUUUCAUGACAUCUUAUCAUCUCAUGAACAUUGUGAGGGGACUUACGAUGUCAUCUGUGAUGUUUUCCAGAACUACAGAGCCUUUGUGAGGGUCACUUGGUUCCAGAAACAUCAAAUCCUGAAGCUGAGAACUGCUAGCAGAAUCUGAGGUUCAUGGCCUGUGCUCGGGUUAUCGGCCUGUGUCUCCAGAUGACUCAUGCUCAGGAUUGAAGCCUGGGAGCCCGCGCUUGCUCAGCCUGCGUCCUUUACUGAGUUAUACCCAAGCCUCAGUGAUUUCUUUUAGGGAACAUGUGGCCGAUUGUAUUAUCAGUAAUUUCAAAACAGUACAAAAAAAGCAAUUCUUUUUAAACUUGCAAAGUGCUUUUUUUUUUUAAUGUUGUAUUGGAUCACAGUUACACACAAAAGUGCAUACAUCCUAUAUGUGAAUGUCUCCGUAAUUCUCACAGGCUGAACCCACCUGUACGACCAGAAACUUCCUUGAGCUAAGAUUCACCAGCCGGGUGGUACCUCCCUCCUAAGGGAAGGAUUCUAUCUAUAGAGCUGCUGAGAGCAGUUGCUACUGACCAGUUUUCUCGGGAUGCGGGUAGCACACAAUCUGAAGAAACACACAGACAGCGUUUCUUUGGUUGCUAACCUAUUCUGUUCAAUAUGCUAGUCAAAUACAGAUACUACGUGUAAUCCGUGGUUUUAUAUAACUUUGGGUUAGUUUAAUAUGAGUACUUAAAAUGUAAAAGGCUUAUUUAAUAAAAAUCAAUCAUAGAGUAGGUGAUACCAGCUGCAUCAGAAGUUAGAAAUAGGUUGUGCCCCCAAAUCACUGAAGUCCGAGAUACGGUGGAAUAGACUGUUCUAGGAGAGGGGUUGUGGGCGGCUACAGGGGCGUCGAAGAGUGCAGAAUGCAUCCAUGUUCCAGCUACCCGUGCCUCUCUUUGCCACAGGGAAAGUUGUUUUAAAAAGAAAAGCAUGCAUGAAUGGCCAGACAAUUUAAAAGACUAGCCUUAUCAAAUAGGAAAACAUUUUCUGUCUAGUCAUUGAAGCAGUACCAAGUAACAAUAGACACAUCAAAGAAAAGGGUUGAGUCCAUAAAUAUGUAUAAGCAGUGUGGUGGUUUGAAAGAAAAUGGCCCCCAUAGGGAGGGAGUG